AUGUCAUAUCAGCCAAAAACGCACUACGAUGCCGUGGACAAGAUUUGGAGCAGUGAAAAGGAGAAGUCCCAAUUCGGCGAGGAUCUGUCUAUUGGCGAAAUAAUCUUUCAGGAAAUGGUUCGCCAUCCCAAGAGUGUAGCGCAGGUAUCAGACUCGGAGAAAACGAUCCUUUUACGGGAGGAUCUGUUGAACAAUGCUAUUCGCAUCGCCACUUUUAUGCGCAACUUGGAUUUGACUCAGAGAGACAUCGUGGGGAUUAUUGCUCGGAAUACCACCCACAUUUCGGCCGUCGCCUACGCCUGCUUUUUCAACGGAAUCGCCCUGCACUCGCUCAACCCCGCCUAUUUAACCGAAAUUAUUGAGAAGCUGUUCCAAAACACCAAGCCACGCAUUAUUUUCUGCGAUGGUGAUGAGUACGAAAAAGUUCGGGCAGCUACCGCCAAGUUGGAUGUGAAGAUUGUCACAAUGCGAAAUCAUCCAAAGGGCGCUAUCAGUAUCCAGGAAGUUUUGAAGACGCCGGCGGAAGAAGGAUUCAGGCCCACAAGCUUAAAACAAGGAAACACCCACCCGAUCGCCAUACUCAGCACUUCUGGCACAACCGGCACUCCCAAGGCUGUUGUGAUGACCAACCACCGAAGCAUUCUAAGUGGCUUUACAAACCUUUCUACCGCAGAUAUCCAAUUCGGAUCCAGUUCUCUGGAGUGGGCCUUGGGUUUGCUGGCCGUGAUUUCCGCAGGUGUUUUCAGCACGAAGCGCAUUGUAACUGAGAAACCUUUCGAUCCGUCCGAGAUUCUUCGCAUAAUCGAGGAGUACCAGGUUUCCUGGCUUGUGCAGACUCCAGCCCAAAUGGCAGCAAUUGCUAAUUGCCCGGCUUUUGAGAAAGCCAAUUUACAGAGCCUACGUUCUUAUUUUUACACCGGUGGGCGAUGUACCAGGGAAGUGCAGAAGAAACUCGGCAGAAAAGUGGGUGGUGGCAUCCUACACUUUGGAUAUGGCUUUUCAGAGUUAGGAUCCUUUGCCACCCUUAACUGGAACUUCGAUGCCAAGCCCAAUUCGGUGGGUCGUCCGUGUCCUGGCUACAAGAUUAAGAUUAUCGACGACCAAGGCGAUAAAUUGGGACCCAACGAGGAGGGCGAGGUGUGCAUAAACAAGGGAAUCUUUUGGCCGGGAUACUAUGGAAACCCGGAGGCAACGAAAGAAAUCUACAAGGACAACUGGCUUCACAGCGGAGACCUUGGAUACGUGGAUAACGAUGGGUUCUUGUACGUAGUGGAGCGAAAGAAGGACUUACUCAAGUACCAAAGCAACAAGUACUAUCCGAACGAGUUGGAAGAACUGAUUUCCCGAAUGCCUGGCGUGGCUGAGGUCUGUGCCUUUGGCAUUUGGGGCGUGGAAAAUGGUGACGAGGGAGCAGCAACUGUCGUCAGGAAGCCGAAUGUCCUGAUCAGCGAAAAGGACGUGGAGGACUAUGUGGCUCAGCAUGCAGUGACUGAUUUUUUAAGACUGCACGCCGGAUGCUUAAUUGUUGACGACCUGAAGAGAAGUCCCAAUGGAAAAACAAACCGUGCUGCCAACAAGGAAUACUUUCUUCAAGCAAAGGGUAUCCAGAUAAUUACAUAG